GCUGUGAGUCGCGCGCACUUGCUGAAAUAUCCACAUGAAGAACAGAAGGAAGAAAAUGCAUCGACUGGCGUGAUUCGCUCAAUAAUAUAUGUUCAGAUUUCUUGUUCUUUAUUGGCGCUUGAGGUGUUUGGGCUUGACUUAAGCUGUGAGAGACUGACAGCUGAAUUCAGUUUCUUCAUCACAUCUUUAACGUUCAGCGGCUUCCACCACCUAAAUCGCACAGUGAGUGCAGAAGCGCUGAACGGAGACAUGAAGGAUUACGAAGAGACCACAGCUUUUCUGGGCACAUGGGGCCCGUUCCAAAAGAUGGUCUUUAUCCUUCUGUGUACCAGCACCAUUCCAAACGGAUUCAGUGCCUUCUCCGUCAUAUUCCUGGCCGAUAUUCCACCUCAUCACUGCCGUAUUCCGGAUUCUAACCUGAGUGACGCGUGGAGGAACGCCAGCAUUCCCUUACAGCAGGUGGAAGGAAAACUGGAACGCGUCAAGUGUUCCAGAUAUAGCCUUGAUGUGAUCCGAAACUUUUCCAGUCUGGGUUUCAUGCCACACGAUGUCAAUCUCACAGACAUUAUGACAGAGAGCUGUGCUGAUGGAUGGGUCUACAGCAAGGACAUCUAUCAAUCCACCAUUGUUUCAGAGUUUGAUCUGGUUUGCAACAACAAUUGGAAGCAGCCAUUCACCUCGUCCAUUUAUUUUCUGGGUGUUCUCUGUGGAUCCUUCUUUUCAGGACAGCUCUCUGACAGGUUUGGCAGAAAACCAGUUCUCUUCACAACCAUGAUGGUGCAAACGUUCUUCACCUUCAUUCAAGUCUUCUCUCCAUCAUGGGAGGUGUUCUCCAUCCUCUUCUUCGUAGUUGGGUUGGGACAGAUUUCAAACUACGUGGCAGCGUUUGUGUUGGGAGCAGAACUUUUCUCCGGCUCUGUGCGGGUCCUGUACACGGCGCUGGGUGUCGGUCUGUUCUUCGCCAUCGGUUAUAUGAUGCUUCCUCUCAUCGCGUUUUACAUUCGUGAUUGGAGGAUGCUGUUGGUGGCGAUGUCUGUGCCGGGUCUCAUCUACAUUCCUCUCUGGUGGUUUAUUCCCGAGUCUCCACGCUGGCUGCUGUCUCAGGGCAGAACGCUGGAAGCUGAACAGGUUCUGAGAGACGCUUGUAAGAAAAACAAAGUCACUAUCCCCAAAAUCAUCUUCAAACCCUCUGAGGAUGAAGGACAAACCUGCCAACCAAACGAUAAAAACAACAUUUGGGACCUUGUGAGGACACGCAACAUUAGACACACUACUCUCAUCUUGUUUCUGGUGUGGAUGACUCUCAGUAUGGGUUACUUCGGUCUUUCUCUCAACACGUCACGUCUACACGGCAGUCCAUUUCUCAACUGCUUCAUCUCGGCCGCCAUCGAGGUGCCCGCUUAUGUUCUGGGAUGGCUCUCUCUUCGCUGUGGACCGAGGAGAUUAGCCUGUUCUGCUAGCAUGCUUCUGGGUGGAGGAGUGCUGUACUUCAUUCAGUUAGUACCGGCAGAUCUGCCUGCUCUGUCCACUGCAUUUGAAAUGUUGGGUAAGUUUGGGAUGGCUAUCGGAACUGCCCUGAUGUUUGUGUACACAGGAGAGAUUUAUCCUACAGUCCUGAGGAAUACAGCCGUGGGCUCCUGUGCGAUGGUCUCUCGCAUUGGCAGUGCUGUUGCUCCCUACUUUAUUCAUUUGAGCAUCUUUUAUAAAAGUUUACCUCACAUGAUUCUGGGAAGUUUGUGUGUUCUGUCAGCUGUAAGUACACUGUUUCUGCCCGAGACUUUCAGACGACCUCUUCCUGAAACAAUACAACACAUGCAGAAGAGACAGAUGCUGAGAUGUCCAUGUGUGUCGGGAGAAGAGACAAAUGAUGCAGGAGUGGGUAGAGAAGAGCACUGGCUGUGAAGAAACUCUUCAUCUUUCACAACAUCACGUCUCGUCUCAUCUUUUGCUUUUGCAUCUUAAAACAUUUAAAGAACGCACAUCCACUUUGUGAACAUGGUUGUAUCUGAAUGAUGGGAAGCUGUAUGUUGUACUGAAGUUCUUAAAGGAAUAGUUCACCCAAACAUGAUCUUCAUUGACUUGACUUUUUUUUAUUGCUACUAUGGAAG